AUGAUGCGGCCCACCCCGCCCGCCGACCACCCGGCCCCCGGCCCCCAGUUCACCCUCCCAGACGCCACCCCCAACCGCAGGCGAGGACGCCCCUCCACCCGCGGAGAAGCAGGCAUCACCCCCCCGCCAGAGAGCGGCUGGUGGGAGGACCGCGCGCCCAGCUGGCACAAGGAUGCCAUCCUCGGCGGCAAGUCGUCCAUGGACUUUCUCAUGGAGUGGUCCGAGGAGAUGAAGAACCAGGGCCACUACUACUGGAUGGGCGUGAGAGACGGCGGAAACUUGCAUCAAGGCGCCGCGAGGUUCAGAGACUACUUGUACUCCCAGCAUGGUCCUAUCAGGAGGUCUAGCAAGGCUAUCAGAAACAAGGUUGAGAACGUCAAGACCAAGUUCUUUGAAGCGCAAGAGUGGCUCAAGGAUCCUGGGGCUGACCACAUCACCAUGUCCAUCCCGGAUGUAGAGAAAAAGCUCAACAAGAUCUGCCGCAACUAUCGAUUCUGGGAGACAAUCUUUGUCGAAAACGCACCUAUGCUUGAUCCCUCUUCGCAAGUUGAAGGCCCGUCUAGCCAAGGUCCCCAUACUCUCAACCAAGCUCAGGCUGUCCCUCAGAAUCCCAUGCCGCUCAUUCGAGGGAUUCCAGGGUCUGAAAAUGCAGAGAUGGAGCAACCCGCUCCUCCUGUUCGCAACGUUCGACGCAGACUCAAUGAUGGCACCGCCGCUGCCGCUCCCGAAACCCCCACCUCGGUCGGCCGCAUUCCUCCUGCCGGCUAUCUCGAGCGAACUAGGGAAGAGCGCGAGCGCGAAAAGCACGACCUCGCCAAGAGACAGCACACCAUCGCCGCUGAGCAGCUCGAACUUGAAAAGAAGAAGGAGGCGAGAGAGGCGAGAAGAUUCCAGUGGGAGCAGCACAAGCACCUUGUCGAUACCGCGGUCAGGCUCCGGGAAUUGGACCUCAUUCCUGUGGAGGCCGGGUUGAUCAAGGCCAAGGCUUUGUAUGCUCAGGCUGCCGAUGAGGAUCAGGCCAACGCCAAUGUGUAG